GAACGCAUCGUUGUAUAUGGUCUGAGUUAUUGCUGACUUGUUUCGCACCCACAGAAACCUUUAGCAAGGGACUGCAACUGCUAGAAAUGCACUCCAAGCCUGGACAGGGCGACGCGCGCCAGGCCCGAAACCAAGGAUCCCGAAGCAGUGUGCCCAGGAACACACACAUGUCUUAUCCGGAAUCCAUGGCUUUUGACUAUUCCAAUAGGGAUGACGACUUUGCCAAUCCCAACUUUUCCCUGGCCUCAUCAUCCACUGGUUCACGGCGGUAUGCCGCCUCAGAAAGCUCUGAUAUUUCACCCGGUUUCUACUCUGGCAACGAUGACUACUCUUUGCCAACGUCUUCUGCCAUGGUCUACUCCUCCUUGUCGGUACCGGACAGCACUUACACAGUCCCUGUGGCUUCGAGUCUAAGCGGUUUCGAUACCGACCUGACGUCUCAAUUCCUAGCAAAUGAUGCAUUGAUAGCGAAUGACCAUACCGCAAUGAGCUAUUUUUCGUCACUUUACCCAGGACAGGCCCAGAAUCAGGACAUUUUGAACCCAGGUUAUAUGCCAAUGGAGGUACCCAUGUACCAUUCCGGAGCAAUGAACAGUCACUAUUCCACGGAUAUGUCCUGGCUCAAUCAGCCGCCAUUGACGCCACCACCUGAGGAUUAUGUCCAGGAGGUGUUGCCCCAUCACUUCAUGUCUGCAGAGCAUUUCCAGGACGAGCAUUGCCGGAUGGACAAGGACGUCUCCAUCUACGAUAGUAACGACAUGUCGAGAUCGUCAUCAUACAGGUCAGACUGCUCUAGCUUUACUCCGCCGUUCUCUACUAACACAGGCCUCGUUAGCCUUCCACGAAAGAACCUGAUUCAACCAAGGCCCAUUCGAUCCGCCUCCGAGCGCAGUGAUUUCACUGGACAGCCCAGCAACUACCAAACGGAGAACCGGAUAUCCAGGGAUGAGCCACAAGGAGAUCGUGUCAAAGCCAGGAGUGAUCCGCUUUACGAGGCCAGACCCGAUAAGAGUGGAUGGUACCAUUGCCCCAUGUACAAGGAAACCAAAUGCAUCCACAAACCAACCAAACAAAAGUGCAUCUACAACAAAUACCUGGAUUCCCACCUGAAGCCAUACCGGUGCAAGUUCGCCACUGAACGAGGAGAAUGCGAGGACGCCAGAUUUUCUUCCAAUGCUUGCCUCUUCCGGCACGAGAGAGAGGCUCAUGGACUUCACAACCACGGACUGAACCCAUUCAUGUGCAAAUUCCGCGACUGCGAGCGAUCUCGGGACGGCAAUGGCUUUCCUCGCCGCUGGAACCAACGGGACCACAUGAAACGAGUUCAUGAUUAUGUCGAGGAUGACUCUCCCAAGGAGCAGACCACUGCCACGGAACAACCCAAGAGGAGAAAGGUCCCCGGAGUGCCGAGCUCUGCCCCAAUGCGAAGAUCAGGCUCCUCAGCCUAUUCCAAGGUCCAGGUGAUGGCGGGUGCCUCUGUCACCCCACAAUACUAUGCCGUGAAUGAGGCGCGGUACAAUGCUCCAAGCGUGUACCCAGCCCAGAUGAUGACAUGUGCCUUGGAUGAUGUCCAUUUCGCGCCGGCACGUACAGUCUCCAGGACAUCGCGGACACUACCAUCGCGAUCCAAGGGAUAUCCAGGCUGAUUCCUCCUCGUGUUGUCUUGCAUAACUCAAUUAUGUACAAUCUUUCAAUCCAUCAUGGAAAUGUCUGUGUAUCAGUUACAGAAGCAAUCUUACCAGUAUCGGAAUGGAGCCAGCUCACUGCUUAUUUCAGGCCACUUUCGUGACGGAUCAACAGAACAUCG